UUCUAAGUAUCUCGAUCUUUUCGUCUAAACAAAGGUGAUUUAAUUUGUUAGUGAUCAGCGAGAUUCGUCGAGCCAUGAGGCUGUUCGAGGAACCUCCGGCGAGCAUCACCCACUCGGCGCACCGGCAGCACGAGCUGACGCUGGGCGCCACCGCCGGCGCGCCGUUCCGGUGCGACGGGUGCCAGGAGCCAGGCAGCGACGGGCCGAGGUACAGGUGCGAGGCGUGCAACUUCGACCUGCACGCCGACUGCGCCCUCCCGCCGGCGACCCUGCAGCGCCCGCUCCUGUUCGGGGGCGCCACGUUCGUCUUCCUCCGCGAGCCGCCGGCGCCCGCGAGCGGGCGGCGGUGCGACGCCUGCGGCGACGACGUGCGCGGCUUCGUCUUCCACUGCGCCGAGCGCGACCUGGACCUCCACCCGUGCUGCGCGAGCCUGGAGGACAGCAUCGCCGUGGACGGCGCCGGCGGCCGCGCGUUCCAGCUCACCAAGGAGGCGUCUUCGUCGUCGUCGUCGUCGCGGCGCUGUGGCGUCUGCGGGGACAAGUCCCGCAGGUUCUGGUUCUACCGCUGCACCUUCGACGGCGAGGACGUGUACAUCCACGUGGCGUGCGUCAAGGAGCUGGCUCUGCGCAAGUGGCAGGCGAGCUACCGCCGCCGCAGCGGCGCCGGGCAGAUCGUGCUCGCCGGCGCGCCGCUGAUGGAGGGUGCUCUGCAGAGCCUGUCAAAGAAAACGCGGCGGAGCAGCGGGUUCGAACGGUUCCGCAAGAUCGUCGGCCUCGUCGUGAGCGCCAUAAUCGCCGUCGUCUUCGGGAAUCCGAUGGGCUUGAUCGCCGCGGUGGCCGGGCCCGACGGUCUUCUCCGGGGGUAGCGCACCGCGUGGAAGACGAUCGCAGAACCAGUGUGCUACAAGAGUCAACGAAUUUGUUAAAUGUUUGAGUGUUU